GCAAUUGCAAUGAACAGUCCCGCGGUGCCUACGUCACUCGCAGAGGGGUCCUUCUGCCGCUCUGUUAUGCAACCACGUGGAUCGCAGCAUCAGAAGAGACUCGCCGCUCCGAUGAUGGGCGGUAAACCGAGCGCGAUCGCCGCUGGCGUGUGUGGGACGCUGAUCAUAGGGUACUGUAUCUAUUUCGACAGAAAACGACGAAGCGAUCCUAACUUCAAAACGAGGCUGCGUGAACGGAGAAGACAGCAGAAAGCUGCUCAAGAUAAAUCAGGACUUGCUCCGAUACCAGAUCUUAAAGAUGCAGGUGCCGUCCAGAAGUUCUUCCUCGAUGAGAUUCAGCUGGGAGAGGAGCUGCUGGCACAGGGAGACUACGAGAAGGGUGUGGACCACCUGACCAACGCCAUCGCUGUAUGCGGGCAACCCCAGCAGCUUCUACAGGUGCUCCAGCAAACGUUACCACCUCCGGUCUUCCAGAUGCUUCUUGCCAAACUCCCCUCGAUCAGCCAGCGUAUCGUAAGCGCUCAGAGCAUGGAGGAAGAUGAUGUUGAGUAAAUCGACUAAAGACGGCUUGGCAAGGACCUACUGGACAAACGUUGACUUCAAUUCUUCAAUGUGAAAUGCUUCAUGUCUCUCGUUUGUUAUUUAUCAUUCCCAUUCCAACAAUCCUGACCACUGCACGUUUCCUUUCCUGGUUGUUUGUAUUACAGAAUUGUUUAUAUGGAGUGGGCGAAUGUAAUUCUUAUGCUAUUUCCAGGCAUGAGAACAACAAGACGGGUCUUUUAAUCACAGAAAAUAUAUUAAUAUAUAUAUAUAUUUAAUUAAGGAUUUUCUGGACUGUGAUUCCUGAUUCUGAUGCAUGAACUCGGCAAACGUCAGUUUAAAUGUUAUAUACAUAAGCACAUGUUUUAAGGACAUGCAACUGUUCUCAUUAAAAGAUUCUCUAGGGUAGUUUUCACUUGAUUAUUGCGAAUUAAUACAUAAGACAACGGCGUCCAUUGACGUCUUGCAAUGGUAUUAUGUCCUCCUUCGCAUCCCACAUGUUCUCGUUCCGUGUACAAACAUUUUUUGCACAUUUUGUAUGAUCCACACUUAAAGCAGACGAGAGAUGUCCUUUUUUGUAUUUAAUAAAGUUGAAUUAACUGUUUUACUGGUGCUCAAUGACGUUUGGGCUGAUUUUUUUAAGCAGUACUUUUUCCACUAGGGGGCAGCGCUAGCACAUUAUUGGUGCUUGAUUGCCUUUUUAGAUGCCAUAAUGAACUGUGCAUUGAAAAUGUGGGACUGAAGAACUUUAACACCAAUGCAAAACAGUUUUUCAUAAGUGUACCGUAAGUUAUGCUCCAAAUUGAACUGUUAAUAUCGUUAAAGGGACAGUACACCCAAAAGUGCAAAUUCUCUCAUCAUUUACUCGAUGUGUUUGACCUACUUUAUUCUGCUGAACACACAUUGAGA